GGAAGCUGCACUCUUUGCUUGAGUCACAUCAUCGUCGUUAUCUCGGGUCUGGUUGAUCUUCCCCGCUCAACGUCACACGAAGACGAUGCCCUCAAUUUCCCCUCUCGCCUUCAAAUUGUCUCCUUCUGUGUCUUCUGUAUGCUAUUCAAUCAUGAGUGCCUCUGCUAACGCGCCGCAGGAUUAUAUUUCAGGUCCGAAUGGCCCCUUCCCCUCGCUCACCGCCAAAACUAAUCCCGCCAUGCAGAUCACAUCUGGAAAGCUUCAGUAAACUGAAACGCUUUCGAUAAUCCAACCACUACCUCCAAUUCGAACUACCCUUCAACAUGUUUGCACGAUUCGUCAAGCCUGCGGCCUUCAAGCCGGCAGGUAUCCACAACCGAAUUGCCCAGCAAGCCCGGUUUCUAGCCACCGUCGAAGGCAGCGCUGGCCGUGCCAUGCCAGCGACUCGUCAUAAAGCCACACCCAUCUCCCACGACCGAGCUACAUUCACAAUCAGGGAUGGUCCAGUCUUCCACGGCAAGUCUUUUGGCGCCAAGUCGAACAUUUCUGGCGAGGCAGUCUUCACGACCUCUCUUGUUGGAUACCCCGAGUCGAUGACCGAUCCUUCGUACCGUGGACAGAUUCUCGUCUUCACGCAACCGCUUAUCGGCAACUAUGGUGUUCCAUCCUCUGCCCGAGACGAACAUGGAUUGCUGAAAUACUUCGAGUCGCCCAACAUUCAGUGUGUGGGUGUUGUUGUUGCGGAUUACGCUGAGAAGUACAGUCACUGGACUGCUGUUGAGAGCUUGAGCGAAUGGUGUGCUCGUGAGGGCGUUCCUGCCAUCUCUGGCGUCGACACUCGUGCCAUUGUCACUCACUUGCGGGAAGUUGGAUCUUCAUUGGCUCGGAUCACCAUCGGAGAGGAGUACGAUGCCGAUCAGGAUGAAGCUUUCAUCGACCCCGAGCAAAUCAACCUGGUCAAGAAAGUCAGCACCAAGGCACCAUUCCACGUCAGUUCCACGAGCGGAGACAUGCACAUUGCAGUCAUCGACUGCGGUGUCAAGGAGAACAUUCUUCGCAGCUUGGUCGGCAGAGGAGCAAGCGUCACAGUCUUCCCCUACGACUUCCCUAUCCACAAAGUCUCCCACCACUUCGACGGCGUCUUCAUCUCCAACGGCCCCGGUGACCCAACCCAUUGCCAGGAGACAGUCUACCAUUUGUCCCGCCUCAUGGAAUCCUCUCAGGUUCCUGUCAUGGGUAUCUGUCUUGGCCAUCAACUCCUCGCUCUCGCAGCUGGUGCCCGAACCAUCAAGCUCAAGUACGGAAACCGUGCCCACAAUAUCCCUGCUUUGGACUUGACGACUGGACAAUGCCAAAUCACGUCCCAGAACCACGGCUACGCCGUCGAUACACCGACCCUUCCCGCGGAAUUCAAAGAGUACUUUGUUAACCUUAACGAUGGCUCCAACGAAGGCAUGAUCCACAAAACCCGCCCCAUCUUCUCCACGCAAUUCCACCCUGAAGCUAAAGGUGGACCCAUGGACUCCGCGUACCUCUUCGACAUGUACAUCGAGAACGUGCAGCGCUACAAGAAGAACCAGGCCGUCUACCCUGCUGGUGCUGGCACCAACAAGCCUAACCAGCUGCUUGUAGAUCUCUUGAGCAAGGAGCGUGUGGGUGUGCAUCCUGCUCAGCCGGCGGAGAACUUAGCGCAGGCUGCUAUUGUUAGUCAGGCGGCCGUUGCUGCUGCUGCGUAAGUUGAUGGACUUGGGGAUUGGUAAUCUCUGCAGGCGUUUGAAGGUGCUUCUUACUUGUUGAUAAGGGACGCUAUGGCUGGAUUUUGCAACGCAAUGAGUUAAAUUGUGUGAUCGAAAGGCAAAAGUCUUUUUUUGUAGUU